UAAAAAAUAAAAAAAUUGUUUUGAAUGAAGAAUCGGAGAGAAGGGAAAGGGAGGUCUUAUUGACCAAAAAAGAGAAGGGGAGGCGGGUCAGGAGAAAGAAGAGCGAGGUAGAGAUGGGGUGCGCGUGCAAGUCCUUGUUCAUCCAAGGAAGCAUUACUCCACCUCUACCACCUAGUUACAUCCGUGAUAGAAAUUCUGUUGCGCCACCGUCAUCUGCUCUAAAAUCCAAUCCAGUGUUGUUGCCUUCGCUUAGUCUCAAAGCCUCACAAUCUCACGCUCAUGGACUGCCUUGGAAACGGUUUAAUGCAUAUACUAUCCUGCUGGACAAUGGCGGUUGUGACUCUGGCAACAAAAACGGCGGUGGCGGCGGCGGCGGCGGCUGGAAUAAUCCAUUUGAGUCAUCCUCAUGGUGGUGGCAUGACGAAGGUAGUUCCUUUUCGGGUUCUUCUGGGCAGCCUCAUCAUCACCCGUUUAUCUUCUUAUCCUUCUUCUUCUGCUCUGUGGCGUGUUGCUUCUGCCACCUCCGAUUGGCUUAUGCGCUGGUAUCAUCAGAGGAGUGUGAGCCUGUGUGGGAAGUGAGGGGAGGCAACUGGACCAAGCUUAUUCCUGAUUGUGUUAAGGAUGCCUUUGUUGUUGCUCAUGAAGUUGGUUUUGGUUCAUUAAGUGUUGGGAAUCUGUGGUUACAAAGCAAACAUCUGUUUAUGCGUUUGAUGCUCCCAGAAGGCUAUCCCCACUGCGUUACCAGUGAUUACUUGGACUACUCUCUAUGGAGAGGAGUUCAGGGGGUCGCCAGCCAAAUUAGCGGUGUCCUUGCCACUCAGGCAUUGCUUUACGCUGUUGGAUUGGGGAAAGGGGCUAUUCCGGCCGCUGCUGCUGUCAAUUGGGUCCUUAAGGAUGGAAUUGGAUACCUCAGCAAAAUUAUGCUCUCAAAAUAUGGAAGGCAUUUUGAUGUCAAUCCAAAAGGGUGGAGGUUGUUUGCUGAUCUUCUUGAAAAUGCCGCCUUUGGAAUGGAAAUACUCACUCCUGCAUUUCCCCAUCUUUUUCUUUUAAUUGGUGCUGCUGCAGGUGCAGGGCGUUCAGCGGCUGCACUUAUUCAGGCUGCUACCAGGAGCUGUUUCUAUGCUGGUUUUGCUGCUCAAAGAAACUUUGCUGAGGUGAUUGCUAAGGGUGAAGCUCAGGGAAUGGUGAGUAAGUCAGUUGGUAUCAUGCUUGGUAUAGCAUUGGCCAACCACAUAGGCUCUUCUACGUUUCUUGGCCUUGCUUCUUUUAGCAUUGUCACUUGGAUCCACAUGUUCUGCAAUCUGAAAUCAUAUCAAUCCAUUCAAAUAAGGACUUUAAAUCCUUAUCGUGCAAGCUUGGUUUUUAGCGAAUAUCUUCUUAGCGGCCAAGCACCUUCUGUCAAAGAGGUCAAUGAGGAGGAACCACUUUUUCCAGCUGUACCAUUUCUUAACUUGAAGCCUGCAAACCAAGUACAAUCAACAGUAUUAUCUUCGGAAGCGAAGGAUGCUGCUGUUGAAAUCGAGCAUAGGCUGCAGUUGGGAUCCAAGCUCAGUGAUCUAGUCAACAGCAAGGAGGAUGUGCUUGCACUGCUCAGUCUAUAUAAGGAAGAAGGCUAUAUUUUUACUGAGCACAAGGGAAGAUUCUGCGUAGUGCUUAAAGAAACAUCUUCUCUACAAGACAUGCUGAGAGCAUUGUUCCAUGUCAAUUAUCUGUAUUGGUUGGAGAAAAAUGCAGGAUAUGAAGCAAGAGGCACUUCUGCUGACUGCAAACCAGGAGGAAGGCUGCAAAUAUCUCUAGAAUAUGUGCAGAGGGAAUUCAACCAUGUCAAAAACGAUGGAGAAUCAGUGGGUUGGGUUACAGAUGGGCUUAUUGCAAGACCUUUACCUAAUAGAGUUCGUCUAGGUUAUGUGGCCGUACCAGAUGGGCUUCUUCCAUGAUAGUUUUGCAUUGUAAGGAAAUUAGGAAAGAAACUGAGAGGACACAUGCCUAUCUUUGAGAUCAUCAGGGGAUCGCUCCAUGCCUAUACCUUCGAUUCAUUAGUUGCUGCAAAGCUUCACAGUACAGGUUCUCAAACAGCGUAAGACAAACUGAGAGGACACAUGAUGUUGCAAGAGAAGGCAGCGUUCGCACUUCAUUCACCCCUCUUCUUUCAAUAUUGUGAUUGAAGAUUAUUUACAUAGUGGGGAAGUGAUGACUAAUCAAUUGGUGGGCAUGGCGCCUGUUGCAGAUACGCCCUUUAUUUGGUCUAGGUUUCAGGUCGUUGACAACUCCACUUGUAGUUUUUCAUUACGUUGGCUUCUCUUUCACAAACUCAGUAAGUGCCUUUCCUUAUUUAGCCGCCUUUAUCAAUACAGGGAUAAUCAUCCCUAGCCUCCCCCUUCACGUGUUAUUAAUUUCAUGUUAAUGGUAUUUUCUAGUAAGUCCUCAUAUUAAGAAAGUUGGGAUUUGAAAA